CAACUGAACUGCGUCAGCGUGUACAACAUGGCUCUCUACUCUUCGCUGUUAUUCGCUGCAUUCCUCGGCUGUGGUCUAGCUGAAUUCAACGUCGUCACCACAAGGCUAUGCCGGGAAGUGGACGCCAGCGCGUGUACUGUGAACGAGGUCCGAAUUGACCCCUGUGUUAACAGUCGACUGUGCCACCUCAAGAAAGGGAAAAACGCGAAGGUUUCUUUCGACUUUACACCACAAUUCUCCACAACUAAACUCAAGACCGGCCUCUUUGGGUUGAAGAAUGGCGCUGAAAUUCCUUUUGAUGCUCUCUACAAUGCUGACGCUUGCACACUCACGUCAUGUCCCACCGAAGCUGGCAAAACUCAAACCUUAGACUUUAGUUUGCAUAUUGGAAAAAAACUGCCUACGGGAAACUUUGAAUUCAAAUGGAAGCUUUGGAAUGAAGACAAUGAGAGCCAGAUGUGCUGCUACAGAACGAAUGUCAGGCUUGUUUAGUAAACACAAAAAACAACUGCUCACAGAUUGCAUAGUAAACACGCUGUGUAU